AAAUGUAGAAUCCGAAGUAAUUGUGUCGUACUCUAACCAAAAUAGUCAUUAUGACUCACUCAAAAACAACUUAAAAAGAACCAUCCUUUCUUCCUCUGAAAACUCAAAUAAAGAAAAAGGAAAAGAAAAACCUCAAAGUGAUAUCAAUAAUCAUCUUAAAACUAUUGAAGAAAAAUAUGCCAAAUUAAACUUCUCCAACUCAAGAAAAAGAAAAUCAAAUUUAUUAACUUCUACUUCUUCAAAAAUACAAAAACCUUUUGAAUCUCACCUCACUUUUUUAGAUGCCGUAAAGCAAAUUAAAAAUACUAAUCUGGUAUCGCAAGAUAAUACUAACAACAUCGAACAA